AUUGGAGACACCGGCCGGCAUCGACGGCUGUUGCGGAGCUCCUUCUUUCGUCGAGUUCGCGUGUGUGCGAAACUCCUUCUGGACACCGCGUUUCUCUUCCUUUUGUCUCGAGGAACGACCGUGAGACCGUUCCGACAGGAGAAGCAGAGUAAGAGAAAAAAGUGUAUUCACUCCGGACAUAUCAUCAGUGUGUCCGAGGUGCUUGGUUGCGCGCGUUUCGCCGUAAACGUCACCGGGCGAGUGUCGAGAGAUCUAUUGAGGUUAUAGUGCGCGUUCGACGGCGAGCACUCGAUUAGCGAGCGAGCAAUCGAUCGAGAAGUUGGUCGCGCCGUCGAGUCGAAAUGCGAAAGUGAACACUUGUCUCGGGGCGAGCGCGUGCACGUACAUCGCGGGACGAUGGCGGAAGUUCGUGUUUGCCGGUUCCUCGUGAUCCUCGCGCUGCUCACAGUCGUAUUAGUGCUCGGCCAGAAUCCAGUCGAGGAGAAAACCACCUUCGAAGCCGCGUUUCAAGGACGAUGCGGGCACGGGUCACCGUGCGAGCAGCUCUGCUACGAGCUUCACGACGGGAUGUACGAGUGUGACUGUCGGGACGGCUAUAUUCUUCAUAAAAAUGGAUACAGUUGCGCCGAGUUGAACUCGACGUCGCCGUCGACCAGCGAGCUCGGCGACUUGGUGGAGGAGGUCGAGAACGACGAGCUGAAUAAGGACACGGACGACGAUGAGGAUGCGGUCGAAGACAUCCUUUAUAUGCGCGGCGCGUCUUUUACGAUACACUUAGACCCGCCGCCGGAGAACGCUACUACGAAUUUAACGAAGAUUAACGACGAGACCAGCGCGCCUCUGGAUCGAGUCGAGUUAGGAGCCACGUCCCAAGGGCCGAAUUUGGAGCAGAAGCUUCCGUCGACGAUGAAGAGUAUAGUCAGCACAGAGCCGGCUUGCUCGUUGGAUUGCGGCUCGGCUGGAAAUUGCUACAUCGAGCAGUCUCGAGGCGACGACGUCGAGCUGGUGGCCGUCGACGGGGCCGAGAACGCGGCGGAUGAUGCCGCGGCGGUAGCCGCCUCGAUGGCGAUGGAUCUCGAAGGGAACGACGUCGCCCCGAGACGGAAGCAAGGGUCCUUCAGACAGAGAUGUCAAUGCCCCCUUGGCAGAGGCGGCGAUCGAUGUCAGCUCGAGGCGGAAGUCAGGUCGCCGCGUUUCACGGGCUCCAGUUGGCUGGCGUUCCCCGCGCUGAAGGCUGCCUACAAGCACGUCCAAUUAGAAUUGGAAUUCCGGCCGGAGGCGUGGGACGGGAUCCUGCUUCUUGCCGGGGAGAAGGACGAUCUUCAGGGCGACUUCAUGGCGUUGAUACUGCAUCAUGGCUUCAUCGAAUUUAGGUUCGAUUGUGGCAGUGGAGUCGGCACUGUUAGAAGUACGCAAACUGUCAAGCUCAACGAAUGGAACACGUUGACUGUCUACAGGCACCGAUGGGACGCUUGGAUCCAGCUGAAUCAAGAGAAACGUGUGGAGGGCAGAUCGAAGGGCUUGUUUGCGAGGAUUACCUUCCGUGAGCCGCUGUUCGUCGGUGGUCCCGGAAACACAACCGGCCUCGAGCGACUUCCGGUGAGAACCGGAUUUAAGGGCUGCGUCCGACAUUUGGAAGCCAAUGAACACCGCUAUCGUUUCCCUCUUACGCCGCAGGGGGACGCGACGAAUGGUUUCGACGUCGAGGAAUGCACCGCGGACAGGUGCAGCAAGGUUCCCUGUUCCCAUGGCGGGAAAUGCUUGACUACCGGCGGUGACACGGCCGUUUGCCUCUGCCCUCUCGGAUACACCGGUGACCUAUGCGAAACCAGAGUGGAUUUGCAGGUGCCGUCGUUCAACGGAUCCUCUUAUCUCCGUUACCCGGGAUUGGCGGACACGUCGCUAUCUUGGUUGGAAUUGGCUGUCACGCUGAAACCGACCGCUGCGGACGGCGUUAUACUUUACAACGGCCACCACAGCGACGCGACCGGUGACUUCAUCGCGCUGUACUUGUCCUCGGGACACGUCCAGUUCACCUUCGACCUGGGAACGGGCCCAGCCACCUUGAGAAGCGAGAAUCCGGUGCGGCUCGGCGAAUGGGUCGAGGUGCUGGUGUCGAGGACCGGACGCCUCGCGUCCCUCGAGGUCGAGGACGAUCCUCCGCAGGAAAUCCUGGCGCCAGGAGCUUUCACGCAACUGUCUCUCCCCUUGAAUCUUUACUUGGGCGGCGCGCCAUCAACGGACAUGUACUCGCCGAAGAUGAAGACCACCGCUAGCUUCGUGGGCUGCAUUCAGACUGUCAUUUUAAAUCGUCGUGAGAUCGGAAUUCUGGCUGAAGCGCUAGGCGGGGUGAACGUCGGAAACUGCGGACACGCGUGCGAGGCGAGGCCUUGCGGAGACGCGGAGUGCCGUCCUCUUCGGGACCGUUUCACCUGUCGUUGUCGGCCGGGCAUGCCGCACCCGUGUCCGGCGCCAGACGACAACACGAUCCUCGGCGCUUCACCAGCGAAGUCAAACGUCGGCACGCGCUACGAGAGAUCCGUGCCGAGCUUUUCCGGCAGCGAGAGUUAUCUACAUUACAACGACGCCGACACGAUGAAAAGGAUAAUCAGUUACAGAGUGGACAUCAAUAUGAGAUUCCGGGCAAGCAGCAGUAGCGGUUUGCUGCUGUGGAGUGGUCGCCAGGCGGAUCCGCAGGAACAAAGGGACGAAAACGACGAUUUUCUUGCCCUCGGCUUGGAUCGCGGUUAUCUGACUCUAGCGUACAAUCUUGGCUCCGGCGAAGCGGUUCUGCGAUACAAUUUAACGAGACUGGACGAUGAUCUAUGGCACCGUGUCCGGGCAGUCAGGAACGAACAGUGGGCCUCGCUGGUCGUUGACAGCGGCACUGGCGUUUCCGCGUCAUCGCCCGGACAGCUCAGGCAGUUGAACACUGACACGGGUCUUUAUGUUGGCGGUGCACCAGACAUCGUGAGGACAACGGGAGGCAGAUACACGAAAGGCAUCGUUGGGUGCAUCAGCGACCUGGUACUCGACUCGGACUUCUCCGUGGCACUGUCGUCACCGGCGCAGGCCACCAACACACACUCGUGCAUCCCCUGAAAGACACCAGUACCGUCCGACACUAGGUGGUUAGGUCCGCUCGGGCCAUUACUAGGAUAUGAAAAUACAUCACGAUGAAAAUUCGCUCGGCGAAGCCGAGGACAAAAGCGGCGACGAUGCAGCGGCGUUCAAGGCGGACGGCAUCAUCUGCAGGACACCUUGAACGCUAAUCCGACCGUAUCGACGUGCGAUUUAUACACGGAUCAUCACCCUUUUUGUACAGACUCAUCAACGACGAAAUUCUCCUGAAGAGAAUGUAAUAAAUCUUAAUGAAAGAAAGAAGAGGAAGAAAAACAGAGGAAAAAAAGAGAGAAAAGGAAACGAAAAAAGAAAAAGGAAGAUGGGAAGAAGAAACUGUAAGACUAUGUCAACAACGGUUGAAUUAGUGACGACAGCUUAUAACUGUAAAUAUUAAAUCGAAAGGUAAUCGCGGUGUGGAGAUCUAUCAGUCGCCUCGCGACGCAUAUCCAUUCUGUGGCAACUUCCGGUCGUAUGUCCAAUGCGGUCGCAUUGGGAAUCAAAUCCGAGUACAUGAAUGAACAAAGAUACGAGAACGUUCCGCUGCUUGACAUCCACAGAUUAUCGUCACUUUCUUUUCUUCUUACUCUGUGCUCCGGUUUAAUCACCUUUUCGUUUUUGUUGGCCCACUCCGUUCGCGUCGAAAACUUUCCAAUGGGAAUUUCGUUGCCGAGUUCCCGCGCGUCGGACGGAAGUUGUUACGUGAGGAACGUGUCUAGUCAGCCACGACUGUCUCCGGCCGGAUUAAGAACUCGACGGGGCGCGCCUCGAAGAGACCGCCCCUCGGCCUAAUAAGAUUAAAGUAUGGUAGAAAGUGCACAACCCCUCCGCGUCAAUUUUUAUUACGCCCUCCGACCGGACGUCGCGCGAAAGCUUCGAUCACGAGCCAUUGUCGGCUUCGAUCCCGCCAAGAGUAAAAGGGGAUGCGCGGCCGAACGGUGCACUCGUGCCGAUUCCCUUUCGGGCUACCUUAAAAACAUUUUCAGCCACUUCGACGCGCCACCCCAGGCUGAAUCCGAUGUCUGCCAAGGGUUUCCCACCGUUCUCUGCGGUAGCUGCAUCGAGCUACGUAUGCGUUCCGCGUACAGCUUCGCUGUACCUGCCGGCUGAUCUAGUCAAAGAGUUGCAGGCUGUUCCUUUGUGGGAACAGUAAAAGUAGCAACUGAACGCUUCCUUCUUUGUUUUGGAAUUUGAUCUAGCUUUUUGUAAUACUUGAUGAGAUUACCUUCCACGCGUUUCAGACAUUUCUUUUUAUUGGAUAAAUAGACAGUUUUGCAAUUCUGAUUAAUUCAUCUAAUUUUGUGUUUGCUACUACAUAUGUAAUCGGUCACUUUUACACAUUGUUUUCUUAUGUUCUUGAAGCUGUACAUCUCAGCGUUUACGUAUAAUUUAAAGAGAGAAGGUGAACUUUUCGUUUUGAGAAUGUAUAUCCCGCGAUGUCCCUUCUGUGACACGAAAGGCCUGAAAUAACGAAAAAAGAAUUUUCUGGAAAUAUCAAUUAGAAAGCUUCUUUGGCUGUUUGUAAAGAAACUGCUUGUAACACUUGAUCGUGGACCAUUCUGAAUAGCAUACGUAGCGCCGUAUAAUUUUCGCACGUUCGAGCGGAGGCCUCGGACGCUCGAUAGAGAGGUAUAAUAGUCGAGCGAGUGAAAUUAAAUCAAUUACGAAAGGUACAAGAAGGACCAAAAGCAAUCGACAUCAUCGACGAUGCAAAUAGGUGGAAUCCCCGUGAUGAAGUUAAAACGCUAUGCGCGGAGAUAGCAUCUUCCCUUCAAAAACGCGUUCAUUGACGCCGCCAUUUUGUUUACCUGGCGCAGUGUCUCGAGGUGGUAUUCCCGUUUGUAAAAUUAAAAUACAAGCAUUUUCUUUCCAAAACCGAAACAUAAAACAAUCAAAUUCAAUUAAUGCAUAUUCUCUCAUUCCAAUUCAAUUAAUAAACUCCAUCGAAAUAGAUUUAAAUCGAUUAAACUGAAUCGCUGGAACAAAAUCUGCCUAACAAAUUCCAAUUAAGCAAAAAUUGUUUCAAUGAGGAACCAUUGUGUUUGAUCAACGUCAAAUCUUUCGCGUAUGGAUGAUUAGCGGAAUGAAAUCGUAUAUUAAAUUAAUCGAAUAUUACUUUGACCGACGCGUCAAUCGAAUUUGGGUGAUAUAACUUUUUGUGCAGAUUUAAAAGUGAAUUUUCUCAAUAAUAUAGCAAAUCGAAUUUUGUUGGAUCAGUGAUAUGCAAGAAGACUAAGAAAAUAAUCACUAGGAAAGAUCUUGACUUUCCAAUUUCUGUUCCGUUAAGAAAAUUGCUUUAAUCGUACGAAUAACUUAAUGAGUACUGAUUUGAUUAACUCAACCUCGAAUCUCUUGUUCAACUGUACCUUCUAAAAGUACAACCAUUUAGUUACAAUUUUGAAUGGGAAUACUUGUCUAAAGGAAGUUUGAUCAUCGUUAUCUACGACAGUUAUUGAUGAAUAUUUUUCAAACAGCAAAAAACGGUGGCUAAGCAAUGAAUAUCGAAGGUGCCGUCUCUGCGCACGGAUUAUUCGAAAUUCGCGUCGCUUUUGCGUCUAAACGGGUAGGCACGCGGGACGAGGAGGAUUGUUGGCGUGCGUGCAGGGAGAACCCCGCGCGUUCGUGUUCACGAGAAAACCACUAUGCUUCGUAAUUGUACUUCCACAAUUGGCAGCGUACGCUCCUCAACGUUUCCGCUUAAGAAGCACGAGCCGCACGUUCUUAAUGGUUAAAUAUCUGUAUAAAGGAAUUUAGCGACUUAAUACGGAGAUAUCCCCGCAUAUUUUCUUAACUUGAUAGGACUUUUUCAAGCAACCCUGAGGAAACGGAUCUAGUACACGUGUUAACCCUUCCGGCAACGUUAUUUGAAUGAUUAUUGGCACUGGUACACGGUGAAAUGAAAAAGAAAUUACUAAGAAUUCUUUUCAUUUAGCACUGUUAAAUUUGCAAUGUUAAAUUUCUAUCAUAUUAACACUAAAAUAUUUGCACCAUUAAAUUUGUAUCAUAUUAAUGCAAGUACAAAUUAGCUUUGCGGAAACGUUACAUGAGUAUUGACAAUUUUAUCUUAACUCCAAUUCAAUUCGGAAUAAGAUAUUACUUUAUCUUGUUUACCAGUCGAUGUUUUAACUUUUUGCACUCGAUUUAUUUUCAAUGUUGUUGGGUGUAAACUUGUAUUUUAUUUUUAUUGUAGUAAUCUACAGCCGUAGAAUUCAACGUUUCAUAUUCACUUUAUAUAUUAUUAUAAUAAGAUUUAAUUUUUAUAAUCCUUUAAAGUGCGGUACUUUUUCAAACAAUUUCCAACGUUCUAUAACAAAUUCGUAUUGUAAUCUUCGACAUGAUAUACGUGUGCAAAGGGGUAAUAUAUUUUAGUGACAUUAUUUGGUUUACAUUAUUUGAUAAAAAAAAUAACUGAAAUUCAUGCCGGGAGGAUUAAAGAGAAGGAGAGAGCCGAUCGGAAUCGAUCAGCGUGGUCAAUACGUAUACACGUCAUAUCGUAAGGAAUACGAGGAAAGCGGAAGGACAGAAGCGUAUAAUGAACGAAUUGGGGGAUAAAGAAAGGAGUGUGGUACACUUUAAUUUCUCCGUUUGCGUCGAGAAAUGAUUUCACCGGGCGAGAACCGGACCGUAUCGAAUCGAAUCGAACCGAACACAUCAGAAAAGCAAUCGGCUGUAGUCAAUUUUGUACGAAUGUUAUUUUCUUGAAAUUAUAUAAAUGAAACACAAAUAUCAAAGGUGAAUGGUAGUUACGUAGAAAGUACAAUUAUAUAAAUAUAAACGAUUACACGUGAAGUCUAGCGAUAUAUAAGAGGCGUAUGUAUCCCGGCGCGGAUGUAUUUUAGCCUGCCUCGAGGGCUACCACCUACUUACUUACUUCCUUUCGCCGGUACACCGUUUCACUUUGCACAAUUCACCCGCAACGUGUUGUUAAUCGACCUCCGUGCGACUCUACGAGCUUUGUACACAUGUAAAUUUACACAACGAGUUUCAGUUUGCGCGGCCCCGCUGUGUCGCACUUUCUUCAACGAACACGCGACGCGACGCAACAUUCAACGUUCUGUCCCAACUGCGAUUGAAUUAAAGUAGAUUGAUCGCUCAAGGCGUUACACUGUUUAUGCUUGCUACACAUAGUACAAUUAAUAAAUUUGUAGCUUGAUAACUCAUUUAUAAAGAGAAGUUGCUUUCUUGUUUCAUCUUUACGUUUACUGUGAAGACCAAUUGUUUAUGGGAGAAGAAUAAUAUUUCUAAGUUUAGCUGUUUGUUUCUUUCUCGUUUAGCGAAAAAGGCACUAAAGUUAGCAAAUUUAACAACGUUUUAAUGAUAAUUUGAUUAUAUAAUCAUCAGUUUUAGAGGGCAUAAUGAUGUACCCACUUAUAAUGAUUUUAUGCAUUUGUCAAAAAUAUGAGGCGUGCCUGAAUAACAAGAUUGGAAGGAAAUUAUAAAUGUUCCCAAUUUAAUCUCGGUUUAAUAAUACCAUUGUUACAAACAAUUCGAUUAUUUAGUAAGAGGUACGAACUCUAUGAAAAUACAUAACUCUAGAGUAAUGUGAAACUUAGUAUUGAAGAAAAUCCUAUAGAAACAGUAAGAAAAAUUUCUGCGAGCGAUUAAUUAAUUUUUCUUCAACGACCAGCGGCCAGUUUCUUUGCGCAUAGAGAAUGCACUUGUCCCGACGUUUUAUUAAUUGUAUUCCCAUCACCACUGGAUAUAAGGUUCCUGAACGAUGUUUGCUGUUACUGCGUGACAGCGUGUAAGAAUUUUCAUUUCUCGUUUCAAACUUCUCAUCAGACCAUUGUACAUUACGAUUGAUUUUAACAAACUUAAAGUAAGGCAAUCUUCUCGGAGUAUUUUAAUCGUACUGACGCGUCGUGGCACUGUAAAGUAUUAUGUUUAUUCUACCUUAAGUUCAGGAUGCGUGUCAGGUUGUUUCAAUCAAACGAUAAUUGAAAAUAAAACUGUGAAUUAUAUGUCUUCGUGUAUUAUCACUUGUAAGAAAAUAUUUAAUCGGACAAGCGGAACGUCUGUAAUCAAAAUUACACCGAUAUUAAAAAUAAUAUAUUUACCAUUUUACUAGUUCACCAUUUCAUUCGUUCAAGAAAUUGAAUAUCUUUUAAUCGACUAUUCUUCCACUCUUUCUAUUUAUAUUUCCUAAAAGGUUCUGCCCACCACACUUUAUACGACAUUAUUAUUUACCUUAAAUGUGUGUGUAAAUAAAUUUUACAAUAAUAAUAAUUACAAUAACAAAUAUUUUACUCGAUUAGAUAUUUUCUUCCAAAGAUAAUAUCACAUGCUCGUUGUCUUAAAAGAUACGCUAUAAUUGCGAAUCAACCUGACAAAGCCAUUUAUUCGUGCAUAACUACCCUUAGAGCAGACCUUAACUCUUGUGCACCGUUCAGGGUCGAUCUGAUCCGAAACGAAACUUUUGCUUUCAGUAAAUUUUCAUAUUAGAAACUGCAUUAAAAAAGUCCUACUACCAAAAAUGUAUUAAAAAUUCAUCUUGAACUUCUCGUAAGUAUUACCCAAAAGUUUACUAACGCAAUAACUGUAGUGUAACGGUACACAAGGGUUGAACGACUCUAAAGACAAUUUACAGACCUCGUUUGUCUCGGAAUUAAAAUGAACCGCAAUUCAAUUUUUCCAACGACAACGUUAAGUUCAUGGAAAAGGGCAGACGAAGCAUCGAACGUCGAGCCUGUCCAUUUCGUCUCGCAAAGUAUCCGGAAACCGGAAGAAAUUGUUUUCGCGAUCAGCGCGUACGUUGCAAAACGACCAAAAGGAGCAAAAAAAGAAAAAGAAAAUAAAAAAUAGGAGUAACGAAGAAAUAAGAGACACGGCUGACAUGCGUUUUUUCAAAUCCGGAACGAGGAGAAAUCGAAUCGCUGGAUAUCACAACCUUGGACGGAAGAAUCGAGAAUAUAAGGAAUGGGGGUAAACGGGAAGAUGGGAAAAGAACGCUAUAUUGAAAACGAUAAAACAAAAAAAAAUAUCAUACAUAUUAAUAUAUAAUAGAUAUUAUAUUAUUACUGAAUAUUAUAUUAAUAUAUGAUGCUAUAUAUUAAAUAUUUCUAUUAUGUCCGUCUGCAAAGUCUAUUAGAAGAGUCUAUCCUGUCAACCUAUUCUUGCGACCCACGUGAGUCUCCUCGAAUAUAUAUGUAUAUACAUAUAUGUAAGUGUGUGUAUGCAUGUAUGUAUGCAUAAUAGAAUGGCCGAAAAGGGGAAAAAACGAAUUUCUUUUUUCACAUUUCAAUGCUACUGGGAAAAGUGGGGAAACAAAGACGAGCACGAGUCUAUUGAUGUAAGACGACUUUCGUCGAAGACAUUUGAGAUUGUUCUGUCGCUCUCUUUCUCUUUUGGUCUGUCACACUUUCUCUCUGUCUGGCUCUCUCUCUUUUUCUCUCUCUCUCUUUCUCUGUCUCUCUAUUUUUCUCUCCCUUUCUCUCUGUCUGUCUCUCUAUUUUUCUCUCUCUCUCUCUCUCUCUCUCUCUCUCUAUCUCUAUCUCUCUAUCUGUCUAUCUGUCUCACCUCGGGUAAUUAUUAUUCGUGUAGGUCGACGAUUAAUUCCAGCGAAGGAGCUUAUCGGAUUCGAAAAUAUCACGCGAAUGCGCACUGAUCAUUGUUUUAUUAGAGGACCGUGGCAUCGAAAACGCUUACCAUCGUGCGCUUAAGUUUGAAAUUGUCUCGGAGAAAGAAUGUUUUUGGGAAGGAAACUUAAAACAUAUCUUUCGCAUUUACGUAAGGUCUACGUAAGUAAUAGUAAUCUUUAGAUUUUUCGAUUGUUAACGACAGAAUGGAUCGUUUCAGUCACCGUCUUUCGUUUAUAACUUCUGUUAAACGAAUUCCGUUCCCACGAAUCAUUUUUCCCAAGUCAUUAACUUUCCUUUCGUUUUUACUUUCUUUGUGAAAUCGUAUAUUGUAAGUGUUACGUGUUUCUACAAUGUAGACGAUUAUUGUACAAUUGUUUAAGAGAACUACUUAAACGUGUUGCGUACGAUAGUGUUUAUACAAAAGAGAUUUAUGGGAUUUCCAAGAGUUUCUCUGUAACUUGAAUUGUCGUCCUACGUUUUAUCGGUCGCCAUAUCUGAGAACACUUGACGAUUCGAGGUAAAUCUAUUUCUUCGAUCUAGUGCCACGCGAUGCAAUAAUUUAACGAGUUGUGUAUGUAUAUGUUGGAACACGCAGUGGUAUAAAUUCAUAUGAGCAAAUGUGUGUGUCUCAGCCCAUGUUGUCGAAGCAUCAAUAAA